UUCAUUCUCGUUCACUCUCUCGGUGAAUUUCAUUGAUCCACAUUACCUUCACCGUUAUUUUUAUUAAAAAAUAGUUAUUUUAGUAUAAUUCAUUAUCAAAUAUAGUGUAGUUUAUUCUAUAAAACUUCAUCCAUAAAUAAAACACAUUUCACAAACAUGAGCUCAGGAGGAACUCGCGUGUACGUCGGCGGUCUCGUUGAAGGCAUCAAGAAAGAAGAUUUGGAGCGGGAGUUUGACAAAUAUGGGAAACUGAACUCUGUGUGGGUCGCACUAAACCCUCCCGGUUUUGCGUUCAUAGAAUUUGAAAACAUGCAGGAGGCGGAAGAUGCUUGCAGCGCGAUGAAUGGGUUUGAGAUGCUUGGUGCGACGCUGAAGGUCGAGUUGUCGCGGAAGCGGGACGGAAACCGUAGGAACGGCGGCGGCGGCAACUUCAGACCUGGCGGCCGUGGCCCGCCCAGAGGGGGCCCCCGCUCCUUCAACGGCCCACCCGGAGGCAACAGGCCGUUCAACUCGUAUGGGGGUGGUGGCAGGCCAUACGAGCGCGGCAGCCAGGGAUUCCGACAGGGCAAUGGGGGAGGCAACUUCAGAUCUAGGUCGCCAAUUGCUCGCUUUUAAUUUAAUUCUAGAGUAUAGUUAGGUUAGUGUUAACGUAAUCUGAAGCCUUCCAAGUGUUAAAAAUUCAAUGUUCUUGUAAUACUGGGGGUUUUAAUGCUGGGAAGAGUUCUAUUGGUCUUGCAUCUUGAGGAAUUAGAGUUCCUCUGCAUUCCGGAUCUCGACUCGCUAAUUCAUCGGGAGAUAUUCGAGAACAAUCUUCAGUAAUAUUUAACAUUCUACCUAAGUUCUUUAGCUAAGUUCCCUUACAUAUAAAUAAAACUACUAUAAAUACUUCGAAUUUGAUUAUUUUAUUUUUAAU